AGGAGAGCCUAGAUGAACUGCUAUCAUUGUCGUUCCUUCGCAUCCAGAUCUCCAUCUCUAUUGACAAAUUCUAUUCUAAUCCGAGCUUGUGUUCCACCUCCCACUGCCACCAUCCGAGACCAUUCCUCCUCCGUGCUGCGACUAGCAGAAGCUCAUUGACCAAUUACCGGACAGCUCCCAUUUCAUCAUCGCCUAGCUUGACGUCGUGGACCCUUCCUCGCUCACUCUUCCACUUUUAAUCGCUCUUCCCAUCCCCUCAUGCUUCGUUCCUAGACGGGGGCUUAGCUACGCCCUCCUUGAUUUUAACUGCGCAUCGCCAUUCUGAACGACCAUUGAACAUCUACAGCGUUGCAUUCAUACAUCGCCGAACCCCAAGUCGCGUACUGGUUUGCGCCCGUCGGCCCAUCUCUCUGCACAGGCGUCCAUUCGCCUCACCCCGAUCUCUACAUCGAGCCGGGCUUGAUCCCGCAUAUUGGAUAUCAAGUUAAGCUACAUACGCUCGACGAUCCUUCAGCUGCCUUAUUUUAUUCCUCCACCUUGAAAGAUGCCAGCGGAUUACUCAUCCACCGCCCGGGCACUGUCCGUCUCGACCUCAUCCCCAGAACCUCUGUCUCCGUCGGAGGAUGAGGCUUAUCCACCAUGGAGCCGAAGAGCACCGGGAAGGCGAAAUUCAGCCAGUAUCUCCGGCGGACGAUCCGCUACCCUCCGAGAUCAAAUCAUAGACCGAGCAACCAAGACAUACCACCAGAUCCUGGAAUCGUGGCGCAAGAUGAACUUCUGGCAAAGGGUAGGGGCGGUGGCCGCGUUCUUACUGGCCAAUCUCCUUGGAAUCGGCUUCCUUGUCUUCACCGGGAAGGUCUUCAUUUGGCUUCAACCUGUGGCGGCACAAUGGGAGCAUUCUCCUCUAGCCUACGGGGUUCUGUGGUUGUGUGUUUUCUUUGUCUCCUUUCCGCCGUUGGUUGGAUGGUCCACAUUUGGAACUAUGGCGGGCUACAUCUUUGGGAUAUGGAAAGGAUGGCUUCUUUAUGCUUCCGCGACUGUGCUUGGGUCGACUUGUUCUUUCAUUGUGUCUCGGACAAUCCUAUCCAAAUUCGUCCACCGGUUGAUGGAACGCGAUAAGAGAUUCGCAGCUUUGUCGUUGACGUUGAAGUAUGACGGCUUGAAAUUGCUGUGCAUGAUCCGCCUCUGCCCGCUGCCCUACUCGGUAUGCAAUGGGGCGGUCUCAACCUUCCCCACGGUUCAGCCGUUGAUGUAUGGGCUUGCCACAACACUCAUUUCGCCGAAGCUGCUGGUUCCAGCCUUCAUCGGCAACCGGUUACGCGUCUUGUCGGAGAACAAUGAAGAGAUGAGUGCAGGCUCCAAGGCUGUCAAUAUUUGCAGCAUCAUCGUCUCCAUUUGCAUCGGUAUCUUCACGGGACUGUAUAUAUAUAGAAGAACAUUGGCCCGGGCCAAAGAGCUAGAGGCGAAAGAAAGGGAGGACAUCCGACGCUCGCUGCAAGCUGACCAUGCUGCCCAUCGUCCCCAUGACGCCUUUUCCGAGGAUCCUGAAGUCAACAGUGCGGCCGCUCUUCUUGCGCGCGAUGAAGAGGAACGCAUCGGAUUCGGCGACCUCGACGACGACCACGUCGACCUGGCGAUUGACGAUGAGAGUGGCAGUGAGACCUCCCCCCACCGUACACAAGCCUCCCCUUAUCGCGAUGAGUUUACCGACAACGAUUCAGAUGUUUUCAAGGAUGGAGAUGGGACCCAUGAGGAAAUGUAUACCCUACAUACACACGUGCGGAAACCCUAGGGCUCAUAGUCGGCCCGGGACAGUCAAUGGCGAGGGCGUUGGUGGCUACGUGAUAGAAAUCUGCGGUUACGAGUGAUGACAGCACACUUUCCGGAUGGACAUGACGGUUUGUAAAUUCCCUUAGGGGGUUUCGUAAAUAUUAUAAUUGGGCGAGGGGCCAUAGGAGCCCGGCUUCUGGCUAUGCCUCUAGACUGUUGAACACCAGGCUGUGUUAAUUCUUGUAUAAAGUAACUUUAGAAUCUCUGCAGGUAGGUCUACUGAUCAGGAAGGCAAUCCUCAGAUACUACUAAAGACCUCGUCCUGUAAGUCAC